GUAUCCGAAGCCAAACUAACAUAUUCGGCUUAAGUUGAGCAACACAUGUUCAUUGAAGUCCAGGCAAAUAUACUUGAGCGAGCCUAAGCCAAGUUCAGGCUCGGCUACACGUCCCAAGUAUGUGCGAGCCAAACCCGUACUCUGAAGCCAUCAAACGAGUCGAUUACGAUUGACCAUUUCUCUAAACUCAAAUCUCUCAAAAACAAGCCAAAACCGAGCUGAAUUAUGUUUGGACACGUUUGAGUAGAAUUCAGCCUUGGUACCACCUUUGGUGCUGUGUCCAGCGAUGACCAGGAUACCUUUUCAGCUGUGUCCAGCUAUGACCACAUGAGGAGAAAUUAAAUUAGUUGUUUGUUUGAUAAAGACAAAUAGGCAUGGGUCCCAUGUUUGAAGGACAUUUUGCACCGUUUGGAUUAAUAAUACACGACUUUUACUUUUCAUAUGGCCCCAGUGCAGAAAGUGGCGUUGCCUAUCCUAUCACAUAAAUUUAUUACAAGAAAUGUUGAUGCCCAUUAAGCUCAGUGUUACCGGGAAACCAUCACAUAAACUACUGUCAUGUCUUACAUAAAUUUAAGUAUUUAAUAUGUUAUUUUUGGAAUGUUGCAAUUACUUGGAUAUUUCACAUAGUUUGAUUUCAGAUAAAUUCGGGGUUUAACAUUAAACCGAUUAAGUCAAUUUUCACUUCUAAUACAUCACAUUUGCUUAGUGGGUGUAACAUAAAUGAAGUGUUGGGCCACGCUAUAAGAUUCUCAUAAUCUUUUACGUUGUGUUUUCUUUGAAUUCACACUUAUACACCCAACGUGGGUGGGGAAUCUUUUAAGAAUUGUAUCAUCACGUUGACUAUAUUGGCUGGUUAUGAAGAAUUGAAAGGAUAUUUAUCCGCAGUUUCACAGUUCAUUACAACCACAUCUACAAACUCAUAUUUUUCUUCGGCUCUCUCAUCUGUAAGAACUGUUACUUGAUUCUCUGAUUAUGGCUGAAGCACUUGUUUCCGCUGUCAUAGAGCAGUUGAUUUCAGUCGUUGGUGAAGGCAUACAACAGGAGGUGAGGCUAGUUGUUGGUGUUGACAAAGAAGUUGAAAAGCUGAAAAGCAAUCUUGAUGAUAUUCGAGCUGUGCUGGUUGAUGCAGAGGAAAGACAAGUGGAAGAGAAAACUGUAGAACUUUGGUUAGAUCGGCUCAAACAGGCUUCCUACAACAUUGAAGAUGUGUUGGAUGAGUGGAAUUAUGCUUUGUUGGAGCAGAGAAUUAAUCAGGGGGUUGAAAAUGUCCUUAUUCCUGGAAAGAAGAAGGUGUGUUUCUCCUUUCCCUCUUGUUGCUUCUCAUUUAAGAAAGUGAUCUUACGGCAUGACAUUGCAUUCAAGAUAAGGGAAGUCAAUGAAAAAUUAGAUGAGAUCACGAAACAAAAACAGAUGCUUAAUUUUGACGUGAAUAGGAGUGUUGAAAGGAGUAAGCGGGUACAAAGUACCAAAUUUAUUGAUGAGUCUAAAAUAUGUGGUCGAGCUGAGGAGAAGGAUAUAUUAAUACGUAAGUUGUGUGAGAGUAGUGGAGAACACCUGCCUAUCAUCUCUAUUAUAGGGAUGGGAGGUAUUGGUAAAACUACUCUUGCUCAAUUAGCUUAUAAUGAUAAUGAUGUAAUAAACAAUUUUGAUGAAAGAAUUUGGGUAUGUGUAUCAGACCCUUUCAAUGAGUAUAGGAUUGCCAAAGCAAUCAUUGAGGCUUUAAAGGGUUCUACUCCUAAUUUAAGUGAAUUAAAUUCACUUCUUGAAUGCAUUGAUAGUAGUAUUGUGGGAAAGAAAAUCCUCUUGGUCUUAGAUGAUGUGUGGAGUGAAGAUUCCAAAAAUUGGGAACCAUUAUAUGAUUGCUUGAAGAAAAGUUUGUCUGGAAGUAAAAUUUUGAUUACCACACGCAAAGAGUCAGUUGUACAUAUGAUGGGAUCAACUAAUACUAUUAAUGUUAAGGAGUUGUCUGAUGAAGAAUGUUGGUUAUUAUUUAGGCAAUUAGCCUUUUUUGGUUUGUCUCAAGAAGAGUGUGAAAAAUUUGAAGAGACUGGUAGGCAAAUCGUAAGUAAGUGCAAGGGAUUGCCUUUGGUUGCAAAGACAUUAGGAAGUCUCCUGCGCUUUAAAAAACAUUGGGAAGAGUGGAAAUGUAUUUUAGAUAGUAAAUUAUGGAAACUUAAAGAAAUUGAAAAAGAUGUUUUUGUGCCAUUAUUAUUGAGUUAUAAUGAAUUGCCUUGUAUGAUGAAAAGAUGUUUUGUAUAUUGUGCUAUCUUUCCCAAGGAUUACAUAUUAAAAAAAGAUGAAUUGAUUAAACUAUGGAUGGCUCAAGGAUAUGUUAAAGAAGAAGAAAAUAAGGCAAUGGAGAUAGUUGGUGAAGAGUAUUUUGACUAUUUAGCUUCACAAUCAUUAUUCCAAGAGUUUGAAAAAGAUAAUGAAAAUAAUGUGAUUGGAUGUAAGAUGCAUGAUUUAGUGCAUGACUUUGCCCAGUUCUUAAGCAAGAAUGAAUGUGCCCACAUAGAAGUUGAUGGUUCUAAAGAGCCACUCAAAAGCUCUUUUAAUCAUAAGAAAGUUUGUCACAUGAUGGUUACAAUGUAUGGUGAGGAUUUAUUUCUUGAUUCCAUAUUUAGAUUAAGAAUGAUGCAUAGUUUCUUAAUGGAUACUGAAAAUUCCAUGGCUACAUUACCUCACGAUGUCAUGCCUAAAUUAUUUGGUGAAUUGACAUGUUUAAGGGCAUUAAAUAUAGCUAAAGGGUGGCGUCAAAAUAGUUUGAUUGAAGAGAUUCCUAAAGAGGUAGGAAAAUUGAUGCAUUUGAGAUAUCUUAAUUUGAGUGGCUUAGGCAUGAGAAAACUUCCUGAAGCAUUAUGUGGAUUAUAUAAUUUGCAAACUUUAGAUAUUAGUAGGUGUGUUGAACUGGAAGAAUUACCUCAAGGGAUGGAAAAAUUAAUAAACCUAAGGCAUCUAGAAAAUGAUUCGACUUGGUCAUUAAAAUACAUCCCAAAAGGAAUUCAAAGAUUGAGUAAUCUCCGAACCUUAAGGUAUUUCGUGGUAAGUGGUAGUAAUGAUGAGAAAACAUGUAAUCUUGAAGGUUUGAAAUACCUUAAUCUCUUUGGAGAGUUGUAUAUAGACAAGUUGGGAAAUGUAUCAGAUGUGGAGGAGGUUAAAACAUCACCGCUUAGGAAUCAUGAAAACCUCGUUGGUUUAAUGCUAUAUUUCAAUAAAGAUAUUGAUGGAAGAGAGAGGAGAAAUGAGGAGGAUGAAGCACUUCUUGAAAUCCUACAACCAUCUUUAAAUUUGGAGAAAUUAACAAUAUCGAGUUACAAGGGCAACACUAUUUUGCCCAACUGGAUGAUGUCUUUAACCAAGCUCAAACACUUAACACUUUUUUAUUGCAAUAACUGUAAGCAUUUGCCUCCCUUGGGAGAAUUGCCAUCCCUUGAAUAUUUAACUAUCAGAGGAAUGGACAGUUUGAAAAAUGUGACUAAUGAAUUUUUGAGAAAAGAAAAUGACGGCACAUCUUCAUCUUCUGUUUUCUUUCCUAAAUUGAAAAGAAUCGAAUUUCGGAAUAUAAGAGAGUUGGAAGAAUGGGAUUACGAGAUUACUAGAAUUGGAGAAGAAGAAGAAGUUAUUACAAUCAUGCCAUCUCUGGUUUCCUUGACAAUUCACUUCUGCCCCAAAUUGAAGGCACUACCAAAACACCUUGUUCAGAAUACAAGACUGGAAAAAGAAAUUUCUUAUUGUCCUCUGCUAGGCUACCCUAGAACGUGGUGAAUAAGAGAACUUUGUAUCAUGCUGGAAAAAGUUGACAGGCCCAGAAAAAGUGUCUCAGUGUGUCAUUUUGCAUUAAGGAAGGCAGGAAAAAUGACAUGAGUAGAGCAGCUUCAAAUUUUGACCUUAGAACAAAUAUGGGAAAGGGGUCGUAUAAAUGUAGGAGAUUAUAUCCUCAAAAUGACUAAAAUGCUCAUUCAUGAAGGAGCUUCUCAAACUACAAUGAAUUCUUUCUGUGAAAUCCUUAAAUGUUGAUGGAAGAGAGAGGAGAAAUGAGGAGGAUGAAACACUUCUUGAAAUCCUACAACCAUCUUUAAAUUUGGAGAGAUUACAAAUAUGGAGUUAUAGAGGCAACACUAUUUUGCCCAACUGGAUGAUGUCUUUAACCAAGCUUAGGCACUUAAUACUUAUUGGUUGCAGUAACUGGAAGCAUUUGCCUCCCUUGGGAGAAUUGGCAUCCCUUGAAUAUUUAGAUAUCAGUCAUAUGAACAGUUUGAAAAGUGUGAGUAAUGAAUUUUUGAGAAAAGAAAAUGACGGUACGUCUUCAUCAUCUGUUUUCUUUCCUAAAUUGAAAAGAAUUGAAUUUUGUUGGAUGCGUGAGUGGAAAGAGUGGGAUUACGAGAUUACUAGAAUUGAAGAAGAAGAAGAAGUUAUUACAAUCAUGCCAUCUCUGGUUUCCUUGAGAGUUCACAACUGCCACAAAUUGAAAGCACUACCAAAACACCUUGUUCAGAAUACAAGAUUGAAAAAAGAUAUUUUUUAUUGUCCUCUGCUAGGCUAGCCUGGAAGGCGUCAAUAAGAGGGACAGGGUUUCAGAUUAUGGAAGAGAGAAGGAAUAAAUGAGGAGAUUAUUACUCAAAUGGGACCUUUUUCAAUUACACUGAAUGCCAUCUAUGAAACCAGGCAUCAAAUUCCCUCCGCAGAACCUUGAAUAAUGGUUGGAAUAAUUCACCUCGAUUUCAUCAAAUAUUAUAUUUAUAGUUGCAAAUUUCAUCAAAUAUAAAUUGUCUUGGUGGAGCCUUUUAAUGUUAUGCGAGACAUGAAAAGUAGCGUUCGGCAAAUGGUUUCAAUCACUUGAUUUGUGGGCUAUUGAGAAGAUUGUUAAAACUUGAAACAGAGCAUUUUCCUAAACUAAACUAGGGAACUGCAAUGGAAGAACCAAAUUUAUCCUUGAGAUCUACUGAUAGCUCAUUGAGCAUUUUGCAUUGUGAAAGAGAGGAAGAAUGGCGUUAGGAGAGUAGUUGAAAGAACUCAGUUAAUGGCUCCCUGUGCUGAUAAUUUAUAAUUUUGGUCACUGAUUAGCUGAAGAAAUUACUCAAGGGGUAAAGCAACGGCAGAAUCUUCAUUGAAGCACUUGUAAAACAAAUAGCAAAUUUGUCUGAUGAAACAAGUGCUGAAUGUUUUGGUUUUCACAUUUUCUUGUGCUUUUCAAUCAAAAGAUCAUGAAAUCAACCAAGAUGAUGGAUUCGAUCAUAAUGCAACAAGAUUGCUAGACAGAGAAAUCUAAUCAAUGGGAGUGAUGAUUUUUUUACCUUGCAACACAUGUGGAAGAGAGGAGGGAUAAAUGUAGAGGACUGUUUAGUCAAGUGGUUGAUCAUACUUUCUCACUUCUCUGUUUUUCUUGAUGUUCCAGCAUUUCACUUUAUGGAAGAGAGGAGGAAGAAUGUUAAGUUGGAACAGCAUUUCUGUACUUAAUGAAGCUUCCUGAAUUACAGUUGACCCUUUAUAGUAUUCCUUUGAUGACUUGUGGCGCUCCUUUGUCAGAAAGCUCCUCAAGUGACUGAGGAUUCUCUCUCUGAAAGUGUUUGAAGACUCGUUGAGAUGGGUUUCCUUUUUUGGUUAUCACUCUACUUAGUAGGAAAUAGAAAAAUCAUGUUCUAUCUAAUAGAACUUGAUUCUGGUAUGUUAAUUUUGAUGCAGUGAGUCAAGUUAAUUUUGAAGCUCUUUUUUAUUUUUCACUUAGGCAUGCAAUUUUCUAUUUUAAGUUUCAAAUUUGAUCAAAUAUAUAUUUUUCUUGGUGCAGCAUUUUCACAUUAUGCAAAACAGGAAGAAUAGUGAUUUGUGGUAACUGCAAUGGGAGAACCAUAUUUAUCCUUGAGAUCUACUGAUAACUCAUUGAGAAGAAAUACUCAAUCUAAGUUAUAGCAAUGAAGGAGCAAAAUGUAUCAGUUCAUGUGAGGCAGCUGGAGAUUUCAGUAAGAAACUUGUGAUAAAGGACCAACAUAUUCCUUUUAUUAUUUUCAAGAGUUUUAAGACACUUGUUGUCUUUAGGCAUAUUGAAACCAGAUAUCGAAUUAUCUCAUUAGAACUUCAUGUUGGAGAUAGUUGACAGACCUGGACAUAACCUAUGCCUGUACUCCUGGAAGGUCAUAAUUCACACUAAGGCAUGUAAUUUUCCAUUUGCAGUUUCAUAUUUCAUCAAAAAAUCAUUGUCUCAGUGCAGAAUUUCGCUUUGUGAAAGAGAGGAAGAAUGGCAUUAGGAGAGUUGUUGAAAGAACUCAGUUAACAGCUGGUUAUGCGUUCUCACUAAUCUCUUUCUGUCUUAAUUUUUUGAUGUUUAAACAGAAAGCACAUAGCAGUACUGUGUUUCUGAUUCUGUUAUUUACUUCAUAUAAUAACCAGAACUGAUUCACUAUUCAGGCUCCCUGUGCUGAUAAUUUAUAAUUUCAGUCGCCGAUUAGCUGAAGAAACUGCUCAAGGAGUAAAGCAAUGGUGGAAACUUCAUUGAAGCAAUCAUAAAACAAAACAACAAAUUUGCAUGAUAAAACAAGAGCUGAAUCUUUCGGUUUUCACAUUUUCUUGUUCUACCUUGCAAAACAUGCGGAAGAGAGGAGGGAUAAAUGUAGGGAUUGUUUAGUCAAAUGAAUUGAUGACUCAUUUAGAUGGGGCAGGAAAUAUGUCGUACAUGAAUCUGUACUUUUGGAAGUCCAGCAUUUCGCAUUAUGGAAGAGAGGAGGAAGGGUGUUAAGUUGGAACAGCAUUUCUGUACUUAAUGAUGGUGCAGCAUUUCGUGUUGUGAAAGAGAGGAAAAAUGGCGUUAGGGGAGUAGUUGAAGGAACUCAGUUAAUGCUGAAGAAAAUACUCAAGGGGUAAAGCAACGGUGGAAAACUUUAUUGAAGCACUUGUAAAACAAGAGCUGAAUGUUUUGGUUUUCACAUUUUCUUGUGCUUUUCAAUCAAAAGAUCAUGAAAUCAUGAUCAACUGAGAUGAUGAAUUCGAUCAUAAUGCAACAAGAUUGCUAGACAGAGAAAUCUAAUCAAUGAGAGUAAUGACAUUUUACCUUACAACAAAUGUGGAAGAGAGGAGGGAUAAAUGUAGGGGACUGUAAAGUCAAAUGGAUUUCCGUCAUGGAAGAGAGAAAGAAUGGAAUUCAAAGAGUAGUCUAAAGAAACUCAACUGAUAUCGAGUUAAUGAACUGAUUUACCAAUCAGUCUACCUAUGCUAGGAAUUGAUAAUUCGUGACACUGAUCAGCUGAGGAACUACUCCAAAGGGCGUAACAAUGGCAGAAACAUCCUCAAGGCACUUGAAACAAAAAGAAAGAUGAAACAGGUGCUGAAUCUUUUGGUUCCAUCACACCAGCUUGGUUUUAAGAACUUCUGAGAUAAAAUUUUCAUCCAGUAUUUUUUUUUUCUGUUAAUUUAUAUUUGGUUUUGCCAUUUUUAUUUUGUCGCUAGCCUGUGUCAUCUAAGUUCUCGUGAGGCCAGUGAUUGUAUAAAGUGAUAUGUAAGAAAAAUGUCAUAAUUUAAACAUAGGAUAAUGUUAAUAUGAUAUGAGAAGUUUAUAGUGUUUUAUAUCA